AUGACUGAGCUUCCACUGCCAGAAAAGUAUGAUGACCUCCCCGACAAGCGCAGGUACUGGCCUGCACCUGCAGGAUCGGAGGAGGAAGGUCUAGGCAUGCUCCGCUUGUUGACUCCGGAAGUAGUCGCGCACGCAGCGCAGACUCAGAUCAAGACCGGCGAGCGAGUGUGUCUGAAUUGGGAUCUUGAGAAUCUGACACCACCAGGAUUCGGCCGCAAGUCAUUUGAGCACAAAAUCAAAUGGGUAGCUGAGGGCGUUGCCUUCGACGACGAGUACCACUUCAACCCACAACAAUCCUCCCAAUGGGACGGACUCCGUCACCACAACGGCCCAGCCCCAACAACCUCAGACCCCUCACUUAGGCUCUUCUACGGCGGCACAACAGCGCAAGAAAUCAUAGCUACAGACUCCCCUCGCAUUGGGCUGGGCUUCUGGGCCAAAAAGGGCAUCGCCGGCCGCGGCGUACUGAUAGACUACGUCUCAUACGCAGCAAAAAAGGGCAUAGCCAUAAACGCACUAACCCGCCAAAUGGUCUCCCUAGACGAAGUGCUCGAGAUAGCACGCGAGUCCAACCUCACUUUCCAAAAAGGCGAUAUCUUCUUCCUGCGCGUCGGGCUCCCAGCCACAUGGGCCGCCAUGUCUGCUGAGCAGCGCACGACAUAUAGUCAGCAGAAGGUGCCGCAACAUGCUGGCAUUGAACAGAGUGAGCGGGUUUUAAGGUUUUUAUGGGAUAAUCACUUUGCUGCUGUUGCAUCUGAUGCGGUUAGUUUUGAAGUUUUCCCGCCUUUGAAUGAGGAGUUUGAUUUGCAUCAUCAUAUCUUGGCUGGUUGGGGUGUGCCUAUUGGGGAGAUGUUUGAUUUGGAUACUCUGGCUACUACUUGUCAGAGACUGGGGCGUUGGAGCUUUUUUAUCUCGAGUAGUCCGUUGAAUUGUGCUCGUGGUGUGUCUAGUCCGCCUAAUUGUAUGGCUAUUUUCUAG